AUGCCCUUCGGCUUGAAGAAUGCCGGGUCGACUUAUCAAAGGAUGAUGACUAGGAUGUUUGAACAGCAGAUGGGUAAGAGCGUUGAAGUGUAUAUAGAUGACAUGGUAGUAAAGAGCAAAUUGGUGGCCGGCCACAUCAGAGACCUCGGCGAAGUCUUUCAAAUUCUGAGGAAGUACAAGCUACGACUGAACGCAUCCAAAUGUUCAUUUGGGGUGGGAUCAGGAAAAUUCUUAGGCUAUACGGUAACCCACAGAGGAAUAGAAGUUAACCCUGACCAGCUAAGAGCCAUUCAUAGCCUGCAGCCUCCUCAGAAUCCCAAAGAGGUCCAGAAGCUUACCGGCAUGAUAGCUGCUUUAAACCGUUUCAUCUCCCACUCAGCGGACAGAUGCAGGCCUUUCUUCCUCCUAUUGCACAAGUGGAAGGGCUUCGAGUGGACUGAGGAGUGUGCUUUACCUUUCCAACAGCUCAAGGAAUACCUUGCCCGACCACUAAUUAUGUCCAGUCCCGAUACCGAUGAGGUGUUGUUCGCCUACAUAGCAGUAGCCUCUCAUGCGGUGAGCUUAGUGCUAAUCCGAGAAGACAACGGCACGCAGCAACCCGUGUAUUAUGUGAGCAAAUCACUGCAGGAGGCAGAGACUCGGUAUCUCCCCCUCGAAAAAGCUAUCUUAGCCGUCGUACAAGCCACGCAGAAGCUCCCCCACUAUUUUCAGGCACAUACAGUAGUUGUCCUAACUCAACUUCCGUUGAAAUCUCUCCUCCGCAACGCCAACUACACAGGUAGAAUUGCAAAAUGGGGAACGAUCCUGGGCGCCUUCGACAUUAGAUACAUGCCUCGCACCGCCAUAAAAGGUCAGGUCCUCGCUGAUCUAGUAGCUGAAUUUGCGGAACCCACCCUAGAAGGAAUGGAAGUGUCGGGAUCACCGAGCACUGGUGAGAAAUUGAUCAACACAGUCUCUCAGCACGAACACAAUUGGUGGAAAGCACACAUCGACGGUGCAGCGAACCAAAGGGGCUCAGGGGUGGGGCUCGUUCUAGUCUCUCCCGAAGGGAUAACUAUAGAAAAGUCGUUGAGGCUCGGAUUCUCAGCCACGAACAACGAAGCCGAGUAUGAGGCGCUAUUAGAGGGGACGUCAAUGAUCAUGAAAUUGGGUGGAAAAUUCGUAAAUAUGUUCUCGGAUUCGAGACUCAUCGUGGGACAAGUAAACGGGGAGUUGGAGGCGAAGGAUGAAAGAAUGCAGGAGUACCUGGCUCGGGCUAAACACCUGCAGACCCAUUUCUAUCACUUCCGUUUAACGCACGUACCCAGGAGUGAGAACACCCAUGCUGAUUCUCUCGCAACGCUGGCCACCUCCUCGGCUCAGCCCCUUCUGCAGGUUAUUUUAGUUGAAGAUCUCUGUCACCCAACAAUAGAGAAGGCCAACGGAAUUCGGGUACACAACGUCGGGACAGGACCUAGCUGGAUGGACCCUCUGGUGCUGUUCUUAAAGCACAACACCUUGCCAGAUGAUAAGGUUGAGGCCGACAAAAUCAAGAGGAAAGCUUCUCGAUUCUGGCUGUCCGAGGACUCCAAACUUUACCGACGCUCGUUCUUAGGGCCAUACCUGCUGUGUGUGCACCCAGAGGCUACAGAACUCAUCCUGGAGGAGUUACAUGAAGGGAUUUGUGGAAGCCAUACGGGGGGUAGGUCCCUGUCUCACAGGGCCAUGACGCUGGGUUACUGGUGGCCGAGCAUGCAUAAAGAGGCUCUGGAAUAUGUGAAGAAGUGCGAUCAGUGCCAAAGGUUCGGGACCCCGCACACCCUGAUCUCGGACAACGGCCUCCAGUUUGACAGCAAAGCCUUCAGAAAAUACUGUAAUGAGCUGGGAAUUAUCAAUCGAUACUCCACACUGGCCUACCCACAGGGUAAUGGACAGACGGAAGCCAUCAAUAAAACCAUAGUGAAUGGGCUGAAAAAGAGGUUGGACGAUGCGAAAGGGAGAUGGGUUGAAGAGUUAGCCCACGUCUUGUGGACAUACCGCACCACACCUCGCAAGUCCACGGGAGAAACCCCCUUUUCAAUGACCUACGGAGCCGAGGCUGUCAUCCCAUUGGAGAUAAACUUCCCAACACAGAGGACUACUGCCUUUAGCCCCAUUGCUAAUAACAAACUUCUGGAAAAAAGCUUGGACCUCCUCGAAGAAAAAGGGAAAGUGCAAUGGUCCACUUAG